CAAGAUCAUUUUCAUUCGUCGUAAUUUUUCAGCGCGUGAAGAUCAGUGAAGAAAAGUUUUGCAGAAAUAAUGGAAAACGCUUUAUUUGCAAAUGUGAAAAAGUUGUACGAUCACAAGUUGUACGAGUGCGUGAUUCCAGCGGCAGGGGUGCUGCUGACGCUUUUGCAUAACGAUCGCACCCUGGCCACCCAGGAGGUGGAGUACCAGGUGCAACACUAUCUGGCUGGUGCCCAGUUCAAGGAGCGCCAGUUUCGUGCCGCCCAACGCACCCUACAGGAGUUAAUUCAUCAGCGCAGCUUAAUGGUGCGCAAGCGAAAUUCCAAUAUGGCGGCCAUUGAGAGCGUCUAUGCGGAAUUUGGCGAUGUGGAGAUGCGUCGUCGCCUGGCGGAAUGCUAUCGAGAGAUUGGAAACACAAGGUUGGCCAUCGGUGUGUUGCUCCAGGUGCCCGUUAAGUCGAGGACGCCGAGGAUUAACUUGAUGCUGGCCCGAUUGCAGCAUUAUGGCGGCCCAAGCAGCGCCGGAAGGAAUAAGGCCGAGGCAUUGUAUGCCUACAAGGAGGUGAUACGCGAGUGUCCAAUGGCGCUGCCGGUGAUCCGUGAGAUGCUCGAGAUGGGCUGCGACGGGAGUGAGGUCAACUCGUUGGUUAUGAACGCUGCCGCAUCGCCCCAGGAUAUCGAAUGGCUGAGCAUCUAUGUGAAGGCUCUUGCCCAAAUGCUUAACUGCCAUCAUUUGGAUGCGGCUCGAACAUUUGAGCAGAUCAGCGUUGGCUCUUGCCUGCGACGAAGCGAACAUUUGCUGCUGGCCACUGGCAAGUGCUACUACUAUCACGGUCAGUUUUUGAAAGCAGAGCAGUGUCUGUCUGCCGCCCUGCACGCCAAUCCCUAUAAUCUGGAGGCCAUGGGUGUGCUGAGCGUGGUCCUCGAGCUUGGAGACUAUGGAAUGGCGGAGCGGGAUCGCCUCUACGCUCAGCUGGUGUCCGAACCCGAGGCGGAGACGGAGCAUCCGCACCUGGUCACCGCCCAUCAUUUAUUCCUUCGCGCCCAUUACAUGUUCGUUGAACGCAAGUUUGAGCGUGGAUUGGGCUUGGUGAGGCGUUGCCUCCAGCUGGAGCCGCGUCAUCCGGAGGCACUGCUGCUACGGGCUCGUCUCUACACGGAAAUGGAGCGUUAUACGGAGGCGGCGGUAGCAUAUCGCGAUGCCCAGCUGCAUCUGCCGUAUCGCUUUGAGGUCUUCAAGGGUCUCUUCAACUGCUACCUGGCCCAGAAGAGAUACACGGAGGCGCAGGCCAUGUGCACGCUGACCCUGCGCAGCUUUCAAACCUCAGCCCGAUGCUAUAUACUCUUUGGACGGACAUUGUUCUCCUCUGGGAAUGUGGAGGUGAAGAAGACGGCCCGUAAGUUUGCCCAGCGAGCGUUGCAAAUCGAUGGAAACUAUAUGCCGGCGGUGGCCCUAAUGGCGGAUAUCUAUGAGCUGGAGGGCGAGACGAAGGAGUGUCUAAAGCUGUUGGAGCACCAUACAAACUGCCAUCCCCAUGCGGAUUUCUUUGUCCAAAUGGGCAAUAUGCUGCGGACAGAGAGGCAGCCCAUCAAGGCAUUGGAAUACUACUACAAGGCACUGGGAAUGAAUUCGAAAAGCUUGGGCGCUCUGCAAGGUAUAGAUAGCCUAAAGGGCUGCUCCUUUGACAUUGAAUUGAUUGCGGGUAUCAAGCGCUCCACGGACAAAACAAGCCGCACGGAGGAUCAGCAGGUUGUGAAAUCAGAUUGCAUAGAUUCGUCAUCCACCUCGUCGAAUGCUAGAGAGGCAGUAUCCUCCUCAUCAAACUCACCGAGGUCUGGACAGGAGAACGAGGAUAUAUCGGAACUUGAUACCACUUCGGAGCGAAUGUGGGAGGAUGUGGAUGUGGAUAUGCUGAGGAAAAUCAACAGAAGAACACAGAAGAAACCAAAAAAAACCGAUCACAAACACGACGGAUAUAUCAACAGAAGAUCGCUCUAAAAAAUCUCUCCAAAUUAAUUCGAAACGACCAAGAGACGCAAUGCCCCCGAAUAU